AACAGCAACUCCAUACGCACCAUAAUCGAGCUUUCACACCCCCCAAAGCUUCAUCAAAUCGGUCUUCACCUCCUUCCUUUCACACGCCUCAAAUCGACACAAACACCGACGUGCCCCGCUCCGGCCGAGAAACGAAAGCUUGGCUACUACCGCGAGCAAAGCGUACACAAUUGGAAGUGUAGAUCCUGCUUGGAAGAAUUCAUCAUGUCGACGGCGGCGCGGAGGAGAUUGAUGCGGGAUUUCAAGCGCAUGCAGACUGAUCCUCCCGCGGGUGUCAGUGCUAGUCCUAUUGCUGAUAAUGUCAUGACUUGGAACGCAGUCAUCAUCGGACCUUCAGACACACCUUUCGAAGACGGCACAUUCCGACUCGUGAUGCAUUUCGAAGAACAGUACCCGAAUAAGCCUCCGGGUGUCAAGUUUAUCAGCCAAAUGUUUCAUCCCAAUGUGUACGGGACUGGAGAGCUGUGCCUGGAUAUCUUACAGAAUAGGUGGAGCCCGACGUACGACGUGGCGGCGAUAUUGACGAGUAUUCAGAGUUUACUGAAUGACCCCAACACGUCGAGUCCAGCGAACGUCGAAGCCAGCAAUCUGUACAAGGACAAUCGGAAGGAAUAUGUGAAGCGGGUACGAGAGACUGUGGAGAAGAGUUGGGACGACUGAGAGAGGUACAUGAAAAGAGAGCAGUUCCAACCAUUGCUAUCAUCUUCAUAAGAGCAUACGGAGUUCGGGAGCCAGCAAGUCUGAACCGACUUCCGAACAUUACAUUACGUGGCACUCAUCGGCAUGGAGCAUCAGCGUGGAGUUAGACUAGGCGUGCUUUACGACGAUACCAAUGAAAUGACAGCAUCUAUAUUCACAAG